UAAAUUCACGAAUUCUCCCACCACAUGAGGUUGUUUGUAUAUUAUAGCUUGCACCUAGCUCAGAGAAUGAAUUCGUGUAAGGUGAAAUAACAUCUUGAUAAGUUGAUAGCGUUCGAAAUCUAUUCGAUUUUGGCAAACAUUUCUAACAACCUGCAUCUCAUUUUCCUUUAGUUUUUUAUAAUGUCAAUUUUCCGAAUAUCAAUGUGCUGUGAUUCAAUAAUUGCGAUUACUUUAGUGUUACUGUCAGCUCAUCUUUGCAACAGUCAAGCAAAAGGAAAAGGCCCUGUUUUUCAAGAUAACUGCGCUAAACAUGGACAGAUCUGUGUAACUCACUACAAUUGUUCCAACGCGAGAGAUCUUAUCAAUAGUAAAAAAGCUAUACCAUGCGGGUUUCGAGACGAAGUUUUGAAAAAAGAUACAAAAAUAUGUUGCCAAUCGUCAAAUAUCAUUCCGGUAGUCACUUCACCUCCAACACCAAUUAUUCGUGGGCCAGGCAUUACUUCCCCAACGACCACUUCCAGGAACUCCGCAGCAGUAGCUUUACAAAAAUGCCAAGAGUACACAAAAUAUCAAUAUGUGACAAAAUGGAAAGAUCCAGAUUUACCUGGGGAGAAGCGUAUUUCAUACCAAGAGCAAGAUUGCCUUAAUGUGGAAACAUUAAUCGCCGGAGGAGUCCCAGCUAGAUCCAAAGAAUACCCUCACAUGGCUGUCAUUGGAUAUGGAAAUGACUUCAAAAGCGUCACAUGGGAUUGCGGCGGCAGUUUAAUCAGUGAAAAGUUCGUCAUGAGUGCUGCACAUUGUGGCAAAACUGUAGCAUCGGGACCGCCACGGUGGGUUUUACUGGGAGAUUUAACCCUAUCCUCGACAAAAGAUGACGCCAAGCCAAAAAUUUACAGAAUAGUGAAAAUUCACGACCACCCUAAUUACAAGGCACCAUCAGUCUACUAUGAUAUCUCGCUCUUCGAGUUGAAUACUACCGUCGCAAUCAACCCUUAUGUAAGGCCAGCUUGCCUGUAUACUUCAACGGCUGAUUUUCCUGCUAAAACUAAAGCAAGCAUUACUGGUUGGGGAAGGACCGGAACAGUCGAACGAGUAAGCAAUGCAUUAUUAAAAGCAACUAUUGAAGUAACCGAACAUCAGAAGUGCAGAACCACAUUUGAAAUCAAUCCAACCAAGCUGUCACGUGGUUACGAUUCAAGCAACAUGAUUUGUGCUGGAGAUACAGAGAAGGGCAGGGAUACGUGUCCGGGUGACUCGGGAGGUCCGCUGCAAAUCCUGAUACCAAAUGUAACUUGCAUGUGGAAUAUCGUAGGAGUGACAUCAUUUGGCCCAGGUAUCUGUGGCAAUAACGAAGAGCCGGGAGUUUACACCAAAGUUUCGCACUAUCUGGAUUGGAUCCAGAGCAUAGUUUGGCCUUGACAGAGGCUAAUUCAUGAUUGAGAAAAUUAUUGCUGCGGUUUAAUUGGGAAUAUUUUGAAAAGUUUCAAAAAUUCGACUGAUGGAUAUUUGAAGAGCUGCGCAGAAGGGAUGUAAAUUCAAACUUGAAUGUUUUGUUGUUGAAUACUGUGAUGAAUAUAUAUUUUUUUUCAAUUUUAA